CAUGAAGGUAUAACCAGAUCGUGAUCAUUACGUUCAAGUCUAAGCUACCUGAGCGGUCUCUCAUUCGAGUCGAAGGCUUUCAUUGUUCUCCGUCCGCGUGCUCCUUCCUCGUCGUUGAUCCUCAAGCUAUCCCAUCUGAGCGCAGUCGGUCUACCUCAUCAUGUCGUCCAUCGGGACGGGCUAUGACCUGUCGGUCUCGACGUAUUCUCCAGAUGGCAGAUUGUUCCAGGUCGAAUACGCGGGCAAGGCUGUAGAAGCUGCAGGCGUCGCGAUCGGUCUGAGAUGUUCUGACGGUGUGGUCCUCGGUGUGGAACGUAUACUUCACUCGAAGCUCCUGGUCAAAGGUGCCAAUAGGAGGAUACAAAGUCUGGACGAUUCCAUUGGACUCGCAUCUGCUGGUUUGCUGGCAGAUGGUGUGCAUUUGGCCGAUAGGGGAAGGGAUGAAGUUUGGAACUUUAGAGAAACUUACAAUGCGCCUAUACCGACGCAGAUUCUCGCGGAUCGACUGUCAAUGUACGUUCAAGCAUACACCGCUUAUUCGUCCGUGAGACCAUUCGGCGUAUCGAGUUUGGUCGCUGGAGUGGACAAGACUGGACCCAGAUUGUUCUGUAUCGAGCCUUCAGGUGUCUUUUACGGAUACAGAGGGUACGCAGUUGGUAAAGGAGCAGUUUUGGCUAGGACAGAGUUGGAAAAGGCCGUGGGGAAGGAAACGGAGGAAGGAGGUGUUGCUCUGACGUGCAGAGAAGGUGUUUUGGAAGUCGCGAGAAUUAUCCACCUCGUUCACGACGACAACAAGGACAAGGAAUUCGAACUUGAAAUGACUUGGAUCUCCCCUGAAUCAAACAUGAAGCAUGCCGUCGUGCCUGCCGAUUUGCUCGCCGAAGCUGAUGCGAAGGGUAAAGCGGCGCUCGAAGAGGGAAUGGAAGAGGACUAAAGGCAGACAAGAUGUGAUUUUACCGACAUGUACAUGACAGACA